ACACAAAAUUGAGUUGAAACGACAGCAUAAAUUCACUGUACGGUCCCUUCCCGAUAUGGGAAUGUCAAUCUGGCAGUUAACAAUUUACUGAUAGCACCAGAUCACUCGUGUCGGCAAUUGGUGUACUCCACUAACUACCAACGCUAAACUUGUGACUACACUUUAUCUUCAACGUAGCACACCAAAAUAAAGCAGCUGAGACUAAACUUGCGAAAAGCUGCAGACUUUGAAGGAAGACUGGUUCACGACAAUAUAGUAAAAUAUAGAUUUGGAGGAAAAUGUGGUUUUUUAGGAGGAAAGGACCAUCUGGGUUUUCAUCAUCUUCAACAGCUGAGGAAGUUACACAAGGGAUUGAUGGGUCUGGUCUCACUGCCAUUGUCACAGGAGCAUCUAGUGGUAUUGGCACUGAGACUUCAAGGGUACUUGCAUUACGUGGUGUCCAUGUAAUUAUGGCAGUAAGGAAUAUGGCCGCUGGAAGAGAUGUCAAAGAAGCUAUAGUAAAGGAAAUCCCCUCUGCCAAAAUUGAUGCCAUGGAGUUGGAUCUCAGUUCCUUUAUGUCUGUGAGGAAAUUUGCAUCAGAUUUCAAUUCCUCCGGUCUUCCAUUGAACAUCUUAAUUAACAAUGCAGGAAUCAUGGCAACACCAUUCAAGCUUUCCAAAGACAAUAUUGAACUACAGUUUGCAACAAAUCACUUAGGUCACUUUCUUUUGACAAAUCUUUUAUUGGAGACUAUGAAGAAAACUGCAAAUAAAAGUAAAAGAGAAGGACGAAUUGUAAAUGUCUCAUCAGAGGCUCACCGUUAUCCUUAUCCUGAAGGAAUUCGUUUUGAUAAAAUCAAUGACGAGUCAGGGUAUAGCAGUUUUCGUGCCUAUGGUCAAUCAAAGCUUGCAAAUGUGCUGCAUGCUAAUGGGCUCAGUUGGCGUUUAAAGGAAGAUGGGGUCAAUAUAACGGCAAAUUCACUUCAUCCAGGAGCAAUUGUCACCAAUCUUUUCCGUCAUAUGGGCAUUAUCAAUGGCGUGGUAGAUGCAGUUGGUAAACUCGUGCUUAAAAAUGUUCAACAGGGUGCUGCAACAACAUGUUACGUGGCAUUGCAUCCGCAAGUGAAGGGGAUAAGCGGUGAAUAUUUUUCAGACAGUAACUUGGCCAAAGCAAGUGCUCUGGGGAGUGAUGUUGAAUUGGGAAAGAAACUCUGGGAUUUCAGCAUGAAAUGGUUUAAGUAAAUCAUGUUGUCAUAUUGUGCUAUUCACUUGCCACUUUUACAUAAAGGUAUUAUUAUUUAUCUAAAAGGGUUAUGCCAAAGAAAAAAAGAUUUGUAUCCACACAAUUCCAAUUAUUUUAUACUUCCUUCUAAAUACUGUAAUUUUAAGAGUCACGUAUAAACUAUGAAUAAUGAAUGAUAUAUACACCCAUUUGAGAAAGUAAACUAAUGGAUUAGACGCUUUUUAUUGGCAUUUGCCGUUA